AUGUCAGAAUUCAAGCUUUACCACUAUGGCCCAUCCUUUAUCGCGGCAACCAUCUUCCUGGCUCUCUUUAGUGCUUUGACAAUCUGCCAUCUCUUUCAACUUAUUCGGUACAGAACCUUCUAUCUUGUUCCGUUUCUUAUUGGAUGCAUCUUCGAGGCAAUUGGUUAUGCCGGGCGUGCAAUAUCUGCAAAGCAGACUCCCGACUGGGCUAUUAUGCCUUAUGUCCUCCAAAGUCUCCUUCUACUCCUCGGUCCGACGAUGUUGGCAGCUUCUAUCUACAUGUCGCUUGGAAGACUCAUCAAAUCCCUCGAGGCCGACUCUUACUCACUGGUGCCGAUUGAAUUUUUGACAAAGACCUUUGUUAUCGGUGAUGUCAUUUCAUUUCUGGCACAGUCUGCGGGGGGAGGUAUGCUGGCCAACGCCAAGUCCAAGGGUGACCAGAAGAUGGGGCAAAACAUCAUCAUCGUUGGCCUUGCUCAAAGCCUUUGUUCGAUCUCUCCCUGGAAACAAUUUGUCCUUGUUCUGUACAUCGACAGUGGUCUGAUCAUGAUCCGAUCUCUUUUCCGUAUGGUUGAGUACAUCACCGGAUCCAACGGCGCCUUGCAGUCAACUGAAACAUAUAUUUAUGUGUUUGACGCUUCAAUGAUCUUCAUCGCCGUAGCUCUUUUCAAUCUUGUUCAUCCAGGACGAGCGAUAAUCACUCCCAGAGAGCCGGUGGAGACGUUCCAGAACGAUGGUGCGCUCGUCUACAAGAUAUUGCUCGAAGACGUCACCCUCGUGUGUGAGGCGCGUGAU